GUCAACAAUGAAAGCCUCAAUCGCAUUAGAAAAUGGGUUUCAAACUGCUAGUUCUGUUUGCGAGCGUUUUCCUUGUUGCAAAUUCUUUGGUACACCAUGAAAGACACCAUGGAAAUCAUCAAGCGAAACAUCACAGUCAUUUAACCAAGACACAUCAUACAAAAAUCGAAAAUUCACACUGCGAAUGGGUAUGCAACGGAACCUCUUCAACAACUCCAAAUAAUUUAUCUACUGAAACAACCACUUCUGGUAACAGUGGUGGUUCUAGUGGUAGCACUGGGGAAAAUUCCAGUAGCGGAUCUGAAGGUGGAGGAAAUGGAUCAGGCAAUUCAUCUCCUAGCCGUGGUCCAGGAAAUUCAUCUACUGGAGUAACUCCUUCUGGAGAGGAUACAUCAGGUACAUCAGAAAGUUCAUCCAGUAGGCCAAGUCCUACUAACCCAAGUAGUUCUGGUCCAAAAACAACUAUCCCUGCUGGAGGAAACCCCAACACAGUUUCACCCAGUGGAGGAAAUGGAUCAGGUAAUUCAUCUCCUAGCCGUGGUCCAGGAAAUUCAUCUACUGGAGUAACUCCUUCUGGAGAGGAUACAUCAGGUACAUCAGAAAGUUCAUCCAGUAGUCCUAUUAACCCAAGUAGUUCUGGUCCAAAAACAACUAUCCCUGCUGGAGGAAACCCCAUCACCGUUUCUGGAGGUCCAUCUCAAAGUUCUAGCUCACCAGGUAAUCCCAGUACCUCUGGAUCUAACGGUUCAGGUACUGGCAAUGACAACAGUUCAAGUACUUCCAGUCCUUCGGGAGGUAACAAUGGAGGAUCUGAUACAACACAAAGUGGCGGAGGAAACAAUAAUAAUGGUAGCGGCCUCAAGCUUAAUGUAGUCUACAUCGUAGAAUCGGAACUAUUAGCCAUUUUCAAUCGUUCUGCCAAGGUGGCCUCAAUCUUGGACAUUAAGAACAAUAUAUCACUAGAUGUGAAUGCCAACAACAACAUUGGAUUUGUUUUGGAUGUGACCAACCAAAUCCUUUAUGAAAUUAAGAACAAUGAGAACCUUUGGAAUGGCAGCAUCUCUAUCGAAGCUUAUCUUAAAUCAUUAGGAUCUUUAUCUGGCGUCCUUCAGGAUGCUAAAAAAGAAAACAACAAAAUUGAUAUCAACAACAUCCCGAGUGAUAUUUUGUCAGAGUUGAACUCAAUUAGACUUCAACUUGGGGUAAGCCCUGACUAUUCAAUUGUUGAUAAGAUCCGCAGCGUAACAAUAAAUAUUGCUUUGCUGCACGGACCUUUAGGAGGUUCAUCCAAGAAUAACCUCAACAUAGUUAUUAAUGGAGGCCUAAUUUGGUUUACUAAUGUAAUUAUUGGCAUAAGUGGUGUUGUAAAUGGUUUGGACGGCGGUCUUAAUCCGAACACAUCCUUAGACUAUGGACGCCUCUUAAAUGAACCCAAUGGCAUAGCAAUUUUAACUGAACUAUUGUUGGAAAUUUCUCAACAUCAAGACAUAGGUUCUCUGGGAUUAAAAGCGAUUUCCGAUGUGUCCGGCUUGCUUCGUAUUCUUGUUGCAUUAACAGGUGGAAGAACUGAAGGAGUGGAUGGAAUUAUUAAUAUUGCUUAUCAAAUAGAUUUGUUAGUUAAUGGACACGGAUCUUUGGAUAAUCUUAUUACAAGUCUCAUUCAGGCUAUACAACCAACAAGGAUAGCACAGGAAGUUCAAGAAUUUCAACAAACUUUGCAAGAACUUUUGAAAUUAGUCACACAAUUGUCACAAAAGGGAAAUUCAGAUGGUCUUCAGAGACUUCGUCAAAUUAUACAACAGAUUGCCGGCGGUUCCUGGUCAUCAAAUGGCAUUAACAUCUCUGCUAUUAUUAAACAAUUAACUCAAGGCAAUGGUGGACUAGAAAUAAUCAUUAGGGUUCUACAAUCGCUUGGUCCAAAUAUCGUUGGAUCCGACCAUGGAAUUAAUGGUUUAAUUCAAGUUAUCAUCAAAUCUUUAAAUGGAACUUAUGGCCAGCAAAUAUUGAAUAACCUUAUUCCUGGAAUUAACCUAGGCAGUUUGAACCCAGCCAAUAUUCUUCAAUCAAUCGAAAAGGCCGGAAACUUAUCAGGCGGUAUUGGUGAGAUUUCUAAGAUUCCAGUAAUUGGUCAAAUCGUAAAACAAAUCCAGAAUUCAUUUAAUGGAUCUUUGAACCUCGGCAAUAUCUUAAAUAUAACAGGAAUAGAGAACGCAUUCAAGAAUCCUUUGAACAUCAUCAACCAAUUUGGACAAGGAAUUGAAAAUGGCAUCGGUAGCAUCUUGAAUAUUACAAAUAAUAUUAUUCCCCAUAUCCCUGGAAUCCCCAACUUUGGCAGUAUUUUCCCUGGUUUGCCUAAUAUUUUCGGUGGUGGUAAUGGAAAUUCAGGAGAAAGUGGUGGUUCUAGCGGAAAUGAUGGUUCAAGUGGAAAUGGCGGUGCAAGCGGAAACGGCGGCGCAAGUGGAAACGGCGGCGCAAGUGGUAGCGGCGGUGCUAACGGAAGCGGCGGUGCUAGUGGUAGCGGCGGUGCUAGCGGAAGCGGCGGUGCUAGCGGAAGCGGCGGUGCUAGCGGAAGCGGCGGUGCUAGCGGAAGCGGAAGCGGCGGAGCAAGCGGAAGCGGAAGUGGUAGCGGAAGCGGCGGUGGAAGCGGAAGCGGCGGUGGAAGCGGAAGCGGCGGUGCAAGCGGAAACGGCAGUGCAAGUGGUAGCGGUAGCGGUGGUGUAAGCGUAGGUGGAGAAGGCAGCGUCAGUGGCGGUGGAUCCAUUAGCGGAGGAUUACAUGGCGGAAUAUCAGUUCAUGGCAGUGGAGGCUUAACAGGUUCUGAUUUUAAUUGGUCCUUUGAUGGAGGAUUACCAUUCCCAAUUAUCGGAGGAGGUGGCAGCGGCAGUGGAAGCGGCAGUGGAAGCGGCAGCGGAAGCGGUGAAGGUGGAUUCCAUUUUGGAUUUAAAAAACAUCACGGAAAACAUGCCGAACAUGCUAAAGAACACCAUUCAGUCCAUGGAAAGGCACACCACAACAAACAUGCUGAACAUGAAUCCGAAGUGCACAACAUUCAUCCAAGCCUCCAACACCACGAGAAAGCCCACCAUCAUUUGAAACAUGACCAUUCUCACCACGAGAAGACCCACCAUCACGAGAAGGCUUCGCACCAUGAAACCCAUCAUGAAAAGGCUCACCAUGAAGCCCAUCAUGAAAAGGCUCACCAUGAAGCUAAACAUCAUGGACAACCACUUCGUGAAAUGGAUUUAAUAUAAAUAUUUUGUUAUUGAAUUUAUACUGUUUUAGCGUGUGUUUUGAAUAAACGGUUUGAUCAUGCAAUAA